AAGAAACGUCGUGAAGAGAAACAGGUUGCGAUUGCGUUGCAAUAUUUUCCACGAGACGUACCGUACAAUAGGCAUGGAUUGAUAGACGAUAGAAAAUCAGACAACUGAGUGGUAGAUUUGCAGAAAAAAGACAGAGAGCAAGAACAAGACGAUUAUGUUGGCAACUGCGGCAGCCGUCAGGAAAGUAGUCGAGAGUGACGGACGCCGCCGAGUUAUGAACAAUGGACCGAAAAAUGGUCUGCUGGCUUCUUCUUCGUGGAGAAGAACGGGGAGUGUGGCUCCAGCCACUAGUAUUUGGAUUUGUAUAGAUGCAAAAUCCCACGCAUCGUCCUCCGCUUCGACAAAAAAUAACAGUUCGUCAAGAGACCAAAUAUUAUCUCUCUCGAUUCCGUCGUCGCCUUCAUCACCAUUUUGUUUGUCAUCGAGAAGAAGAAUUAACUGCAAUUUUCCCAUCAAACAAACCCAACGUAAGCUGGAAUCUCAGUUGCAGAUUACAUCAAUGACGUAUCAUCAAUUUCUGUUGAAUCAUAACGGAAGCAGUAAAUACAACAAAGGAUCAGAGUUGAACCAUUUGUUUCCCCAAUACGAAGUAAGAGCCUUUCUGUCGACAUCGCCUCCGUCGUCGGGAUCAACAACGAAAAAGCUGGAAAAGUCCCAAACAAAGAUUCCAGGCUACUCUAGACAGGCCAAAAUUCCAAUCCCAAAAUCCUCCCCUACUGUUUCAACGUCAAUGAACCCUCUUGCCUCGAUUGACGUGAAGGCGAUCGGAAAGGGGUCGGUGGACAUGACAAUCUACGUGACAAAGGCAUUGGUGAAAUUUAUGAUAAAACUACCAGGAAAUAUUGUGUUCUAUGCCACUCAUCCAACAGAACGAAGAGAAAAAACCAGCAAAAUUAAGGAAUCUAUCAAGAAAGAAGUGGAUCAUUACUGGAUAGGAAUCAAGGUGAGUUUGCUAGUUACAUUAUCACGCAACCAAUGUAUGUACGUCAUGCUCUGCCGUUCAUGUAUGUAUUUAUGAAAUAUGAUGAACCAGCUGCGAGAAGAUUCAAACUACCUAGUCCUUUUUCUGAGACGAAAGAGCAAUUUGCUUCGUUCACUUGACACUCACUUAUCGCAAAAUGAUUGUUGGGUGGAUAAAAAUGCGAACAAUCAAAACAGCUUCUCAUGGCCGACGUCAAAACGGCUCGGGCUUUAUUAAGGAGAACGCUACAGGGAUCUACGCUGACACGGCGAGAACGAAAACAACUCCUUCGAACCGUGUCCGACUUGUUCCGGUUGGUUCCGAUGUCGAUGUUUCUCAUUAUCCCAUUCAUGGAAUUCGCUCUACCGUUCGCUCUCAAAAUAUUUCCAAACAUGCUUCCUAGUACGUUCCAAGAUUCUCUCAAGAACGAAGAGAAUAUGAAAAGAGAAUUGCAAUCCCGCAUUGCGAUGGCCGAGUUCUUUCAAGAGUAAGUUGUUUGAAUCGUCCUUUCAACGUUUUUUUCCUUCAAUACUCGUGAUCAGUAGCGUGAAGUAUGUUUCGUGUUUUGCUAUCUAGUCAACCCGUCGUCUUAUCCAUUGAUUCUCCGUCCAUCUGUCUUGUAUAGAACCAUGGAACGAUUAGCAAAGGAACAAAAAAGAAUAGCCGCGAAGCAAAAAGAUGGGGAAGACGAAUCUGCGGAUUCCUUUGCUAGCAAACAAGAGGCCUCUGCAUCCGAUAUGUUGAAUUUCUUGGAUCGCGCCAGGAAGGGAGAAAUGGUACCACCUGAUGCCAUCAUUCAGUAUGCGGAGUUUUUCCAAGAUGAUCUAACCCUGGACAAUAUGCCAAGGAUGCAACUCAUAAACAUGUGCAAAUACAUGUCAAUUCCUCCGUACGGGUCGGAUCCUUUUUUGCGUUUCCAAUUACGGCACAGAAUAAGAAUGCUGAAAGAGGACGAUCAACGUAUUUUGUGGGAAGGCAUUGACUCAUUGACGAAGAUGGAAUUGCGUGAAGCAUGCCAAGAACGCGGGAUGAGAUCAACAGGAUUGAGCAAAGAAGCAUAUAAACAAUCUCUCCAGCAGUGGUUAGAUCUGAGUGUGCAUAAGAAUGUUCCAAUAUCUCUCCUCAUUAUGAGCCGCACUUUCUUUUUGCAAGAAGAAAUCACAUCGCCAGGCACAGCAGUCGCUAGUGACGAAACCCACAGUGUUACAGGUCUUGCUGAUGCUAUCAGUGGAAUGGACAAAGAAGUUCUCAACGAGGUCAUUCUGCAGGUUGCAACAUCGAAGGAAUUGAAAUCAGAUCCGGACGUCCGUAAAAUUCAACUUGAAGUUGUCAAGCAGCAGAACGAGAAGAUCAAAGAGGAACGAGAAGAGAGAGAUGCAAAGAAGAAAAAGGAUACAACCGAAAAAGAAGAACCUCAAACAAAAACUGCACAGAUUGGAAAAGAAAAUAUUGCUGAAGGGCGUGCAACACAGACUGCUGAUGUAGAAACGAUUAAUAAGGAGGAGAUAUUAGAUGCGAUAGAUGUGAAAGUAGAUGAAUUACAAGCGGAUUUAAAGACAAAAGCUGCAGAAAUUGAAAUGGGCGAACGUGAACUUUCACCGGAAGAGAUGGAAUCCAUUUCCCAGUUGUUAUCUGCAGAUCCGGUUGUGAAGGAGAGAGAGCAUCUUGAUCGUAUCAAGCAGGCGAUGCGAGAGGAAGAUGAACCGGAAACAAAAGCCGAAGGACACGAUGAUAGGAUAGCUGCAUCACCUGGUGACACCUCUACUCUAGAGAUGUAUGAUAGCGACAAGGUGGCUUCCUCGAUCAUCGAAAAACUAGAAAUGGAAGCCGCAAAAGAGGCUGAUAAGCACACGUCGUUUACAACAGAACUCAACACUGCCGGCCGCCAUCCGGAAAGUGAUAGAGUAGACAUUGUCAAUGGGGACGUUGCAGAAGAGGUUGUCAAUGAAAAGCCUGAAGAUCCGGUUGUUGCGCGGUUAAAAAAGAGAAUCGAGUCGAUGGUUGACAAGAUUGAAGUCCAACUUUCUGAUGUUCAAGUAAAAAUUGGCGAUAAGUUGCAUUAUCUCGAUAAAGAUAUGGAUGGCAUAUUGUCACGAGAAGAAAUGGCCAGUGUGCUGAGUCAGGUUCUCAAAGAUUUGUCGUUUGAAGAGGCACUAGAAAUUGCUGAUGAAAUGGUGAGUUUCAAUAUAUUAAUUCACGAAUCCAGAGAACAUAUGGUGCAAUUCUAAAUUAUCAUGUUCCUAAUAUUUUGAGAACUUUCCCUAUUUCAGGACGAAAAUAAGGAUGGUGUUUUCACAGUUCAGGAACUUAUCAACUGGAUCGAAACCAAUAAAUUGGUCAAAUUUGAGAGCGAAGGAAGAGAUGCUGAAAUGGAUAAAAUCAUGGAAAACCAUUCAGAGGGACACUCAAAUGAAAAGGACGAAACCGGUAGCAAUAAGAAGUAGUUGGCAUUUGUAUGACAUGAUUAUUCCUUUCAAUGAUUUAACGAAAUCAUACGUGCAAUAAUGCAGUUAGUGUAGU